ACAAAUACAUCUAUGAUGUCAUUGUCAAAUUUUCUAAAUCAUCCAGGAAAGCGCAAGUCUGAGGGAGAUCAUCAGCCCAAGACACCACCUAUGAGACCUCUCUACGUUAACAAUCAAUGUGUGAUAAUGAAAGAAGAUCAUGUUGAUCUAAUUCCGAAAGAAAUUCGUAUUUGGAUUGUAAAUGUAUUAUCAUCAGAAAAAGAUGUGUUCGAAAGCAAUAUUAUGGCUACACUAAAUUCAACUCCAGCCCAUCCAUUUCAACAAAUCUGCAAAACAAUUUUAUAUGACUUUUUUUCCAUGACUGAUAAAGGCCCAUUAAAUCGUUUUAUUGGAGAAAGGAAGUAUACCGUGGAUAGGAUA